AUGGCCUUUUUCCCAGCCGUGUCGCUCUUCGUCAUUACGCCACUCACGUUGCCGAGUCUCGUGCUGGUCAUGAGUCUUACGGGCAUUUUCGUCGAGCUCAAUACGGUUGUCAGCGACGAUAAAGGCAAACAUCGCCACGUGACCGAAGAAGAGAUGAAGGGACGCACACCAGCGACCAUGAGGGUGAUUUGGAUCACGACCGGAGGUCUACUGCUGGGUCCCUUCAUGAGUCAUUGUUCCCGCAAGUACGGCGGCUACGCAGACGUGUGA